AUGAAUUGUUUUAAUUGCUUAGAACCAUUUGGUACAAGAACAAAUAUACCUAAAAUACUUCCCUGCGGUCAUAAUGUUUGUGAUUUAUGUUUACAUACUUUAAGCUGUCGUCAACAAAUUUUGUUAUUAGACAAUAUUUCUUGUCCAUCAUGUAAUGUUAAAUUUGAUACAACAACAUUUUUAAAUGCACCAACAAAUCAUAGAAUAAUUAAGGUUAUUGAUGAAUCAUUAGUUACAGAAAGUAAUAUUACUGUAAUUCAUAUACCAGAUAAAAAGACAGCUGAAUCAUUUAAAAAAAAGAUAUAUGAUGGUAAACGUAUUAAAAGAAUAUCAUCUAAAAAUCAAUUUAAAAAACCAAUAUAUGAAAAAAAAUAUAUUUGUAAUGAUUGUAAUAAGAAACUUUCUGUAAAAGAUAUUGAAAAAAAAUGUAGAUAUUGUUCAAUAUGUUAUGAAUAUAGUUCAAAACUUCAUAUAAGUUGUUUAGAAUGUUGUGUCAAUUCACAUAAUGGUCAUCCAUUAUUAUCAUUAUCAAAAUUAAGAGAAAGUGACAAAAGACUAUGGGAAGAUAUUAAAGAUUACUCAAACAGAAUAUCUGAUGCUUCUAUAACAUUUGACAUUAUUUAUGAAAAAAUUGAAAAAAAUUUAAUUAAUAAAACAUUAAAAAUUGAAAAAUUAAAAGAAAUUAAAUGUAGUAUAAUGAAUGAAAUUAAUCGUAAAAAUUUAAAAGCAUUAAUUUCUGUUGAAAAAAGUAUCAAAUAUACUACAAAAUUACCUCAUUCUCCUGGUUUUAUAAAUAAUCUUAAAAAAAUUCAAUUAACUGGUUAUUUAGAAAUAUAUAAACUUAUUGGAACAUGUCAAAAAAUUUUAGAAUCAUCAUUUGUUAAAAAUAAUGAUCCAAAAAUAGAUAUUAGUAGUUAUUCAGAUUUAAAUAACACUAAAUCAUCUAAUGAUUUUACAUUUAAUUCAUAUGAUUUUAUUGAAACACUUUUAAAACUUAAUACAGAAAUUCAAUUUACAUUCAUUUUUGAUGCUAUCAAAUCAGUUAUACAAAGAAUUGAAAAUAUUUAUGAUAAUCCAAGUAAUCAAAUAAGAAGUUUGUUAGCUUGCGUAACUCCACUUAAUCAACUGAUUAAUAAAAAUAUGUCAGAAACGAGCCUUCUAAUGUUACAAUGUAUUUAUAGUGAAUGUUUUAAAAGACUUAUUAAUAUGUGGAAAAAAGAAUAUGUUAUAAAUAUUAAAGAAACCGAUAUAUGGAAAUGUAUACAAACCAGCUUUAUCGAACUUUUAAAAGUUGGAUGUGAGAUUUGGACAAAUGAAGAUAUUAAUAGGAUGAUCCUUAUACAAGAUUUGUCUUAUCUAUGUAAAUUAUUUCCUGAAACUUCUGAUUCAUCAAUUAUUACACAUUGUCUUAUCGAACAAACAAGAUUUAUUUCAGCAACAUCAAAUAUCAUAUCUAAAAAUGAAAAUGAAAAUAUCAAUUUUACUUUAGAGAAGAGUAAAGAUAAUUAUAAAGAAUUAGUUAAUUUACAUAUUAAUAUAAUUGAUGACCAAUUAAGUGUAUGCCGAAAUAAACAAAAUUUAAAAGAAUUAAGAUUAUCAGCAAAAAAUUCACCAAUAUCAUAUCCUGUUAAAAAAAAUUUUUUUAAAGAUAAAUUGGGAAAAUUAUUUAAAAGAAAUACAAAAUUUGUUACUAUUAAAGGAUAA